CAUAGCACCAUUUCAGUCCCUCACGAUCGGCUUUGGCCAUUCUCUGGCCUCGGACGUGAACGUCCCUUUCCUGGCGCUUUGUACUAAGCCUCCUUAGUUUGGCAAGUUUGAGGAUCAUUUAAUUCUCAUCUGGCUCGAAUGAUUACCUCUGAUACACUAAGGAGAUAGUACUAUGGCGUUCCCCGGGCAUUGUUUUGUUUUUCAAGGGGUGCAAAUUCUCCCAUCUCAUAGUUACUUCUCUGAUGCUGAUAGCCUUUUGAGUGCUGGACUGUUUCUAUCGUAUUUCAAAGUGAGAUGGCUUGCUUGAAGCUGGAGCGAAUGGCGCUGCCGCAACCACUACGCAGUAGCCUUGCAUAUUCCAGGCAGCAGUUCAAGCUUAUCACUAGACGCACACCCCUCACAUAUUCUAUAUAGUUCUGACAUGGCAGAAUGAUUGUAUCUUCUACUUGCUCAGUGUCCCUGAACUUGCACAACACGAGAUAUAAGUUCGGAAAGGUUAGUGACAUACAGCAAUUAUCUCAAGUAUAUCCUACGCCAGCUACUACUGACUGGCCUCGUCUUUCAAGGCAAAACGGCAUGACCUCUUCACACUUUCACACCCCGGCGGAAAUACGCGCCGCUGCAAUGGCAGUCGGAAACGCACUUGCUCAAUUUGAAACCUACGCUCUUGUUGGUGGCAGCGCAUGUGUGGUCCUGGGCUCUACACGGGCAACCCAAGACAUAGACCUUGUUGUGCCACGGGGCGAAACCUCAGACGCAAGACAGCUGCUGCGUGCCUCUCCCGAUUUCGAAGUUGAAGCAAGAACGAACCACACGACUUACAAGGCCCGAAGUCCAGUACAAGUCGAGAUCCUCACCCCACCUCUUUUGUUCAAGGAACCCUUUGACGAAAAUACUGAGGUAAUCACAAUUGAAGGAGUAAAAGUCUUGAAGCCAGCUUUGCUUCUUAAUGCGAAAUGUGGUUCAAUUACGGGUCGGUCUACGGAAGACAAGAGGAGAACGGAUUCUUUGGACAUCAAUUUUCUUCUCAAUUUCUGUGCUCAAAAUCCAGAAUACCUUCCAGAGUCUGACGAAGUGCCAAGAGCAACAAAGCAACUUGUCCACGUUCUUAUCCAGCUUUACGGAGGUGAAGAGGCUUGGGUUCGAGCUGGUUUUAGCUUGCGUACAGGGAUCGAUUAUUUGGAGUCGUUAACAGAAUCUUAGACCUGACGCAUAUUCAGUAGGUUGUUUUAAGAAAAAUUGAACUAUUUCUAC